AUGCUACUUGGUACAAUGAUUACUGAUAAUAAUAAUAAUAAUAAUAAUAAUAAUAAUAAUAAGAAGAAGAAGAAGAAGAAGAAGAUGAUGAUGAUGAUGAUGAUGAUGAUGAUGAUGAUGAUGAUGAUGAUGAUGAUGAUGAUGAUGAUGAUGAUGAUGAUGAUGAUGAUGAUGAUGAUGAUGAUGAUGAUGAUGAUGAUGAUGAUGAUGAUGAUGAUGAUGAUGAUGAUGAUGAUGAUGAUGAUGAUGAUGAUGAUGAUGAUGAUGAUGAUGAUGAUGAUGAUGAUGAUGAUGAUGAUGAUGAUGAUGAUGAUGAUGAUGAUGAUGAUGAUGAAAUUGUCGAGAAAUAGAAUUAAACAGUUGGCAGUGUUAUAA